AGUUAGCUGUCAGGUGUAGUUUGUGUCACUGUGCGUAUAAGUUAGAAUGUCUCAAUUUUCUAUAGUACCAGUGUAGUUAGUAAUAGCAUUGAUAUACCUCUAUUUUAUAUUUUUUUAUUAUUUUUAACAUUAGCCACUUCUUUUGCGGUGAGCGCUUUAACUAAUUCUAGUGCAACAAAAUAACUGUAUUAUAAUUCUAGCCACUUCUUUAAUGUAUCUCUCAUAUAUUAUUGUCUAUGAACUGUAUGUGAUUACUGCUAGAAAGGAAAUUGGAAAGCUCUGGUGUACCAGAGGAAGAACAAAUGAACCUUCUAAAGGAAUUGGAGAAAAAAGAGACAGAGUAUAUCCGACAAAAGCAUCACAAGAUAUAUGUUGCUGAUUUUGAGAUUUUGACAAUCAUAGGAAGAGGAGCUUUUGGAGAGGUGGUCACUUGGCGCCAUCAUGUAUGAGAUGCUCGUUGGUUAUCCCCCUUUCUACUUUGAAGACCCAAUAACAACAUAUAGAAAGACUGUUCAUUGGAGAAAUCAUAUAACGUAUCUAGAGGAAGCAAGAUUGACUUCCAAAGCCAAAGACCUGAUAUGUAGGCUGCUUUGUGAUGCUGAAAAUCGCCUUAGCUGUCAAGGAUCAGAGCAAAUAAAGGUUCACCCCUGGUUCAAAGACAUAAAGUGGGAUAAACUUUAUGACAUGGAGGCAACAUAUAAGCUAGAAGUAAAUGAUGAUGUUGAUACUUGAAAUUUUAUGAAGUUUUAUGAGAUGAAUUACCAUUUAUGUCUUGUUCCAUUUAUGCUUUCUUUUUCCCAAAUUUUAAAGAGUUUGUGAGAAGUGAUAUUUCAUCUUUUUAAUUUAAUCAUGACAAUAUGUCCACACAGUUCACUACUACACAAGCUACCUUAGGAGGUAUGUUGUGAUCAAAAGUUAACCUUGGUGAUCUUAUGACCAACCUUUGUUAUUUUGUUAAACCUUGUUAUUUUACUACGUAAUAUUUAUCUCUACGCGUACACAGUGGCAAACAGUGAGUGUAACCUAUAAGUUCACUGGAACAAUAGAUUUUGUGUAGAUUUUAUAUAUGUAUUAAAACAUCCACUAAAUAACUAUAAGGCUUAAACUCCAUGAUCUAUAGAUUAAAAGUUUGUAUGGUUAUAUUCAACCACGACAAGAUCAAAAUUUUGUUGCCCUGAAGAUUAUUUUCCAGUUGAGUCCUAUUAGUUUACUUUUCACCAUUUAUAAACCAACUUUAUUU